AGAAGGCUCACUUUUUUUUAUUUGGUCCAUUUCCAUGUCGAGCAAAGCAGCAUCAUCGUCGGCUCCCAAGGCAGCGGCCGUCACGGGCGAGUCCAUUUUUGUCAACACGCACCUGUUCAUCAUCGAGCUGCUGUCGGACCAGGACAGGCUGGUUGCGUACCUGCGCGAGACCGAUCCUGCGGUCAUUGUGCCCAUCGUGGUGUUCCUCCUGACGCUGGUCUUCAGCUCGAGCAAGGGCAGGUCGAUCUCGUUCGGCGAUCGCCUCGUCGGCUGGUGGCUGCUCUUUAACGGAAUCCUGAUCCAUCUCUUCCUCGACGGAAUGGUCGGCUUCCUCAAGCGCAUGCCCUCGCUCUACGAAGAGUACGGCCGCCUCGAUCGCCGCUACCUCGAGCGCGAUCCGUUCGUCAUGGUCAUCUCACUGUGCGAGCUGGUGGUGUACACCCCGCUGUGCCUGUGGGCGUACCGCGCUCUGCACCGCAACGACGCCCUCACGCACCCGCUCAUCAUCCUGAUCAGCGCCAUUCAGUGGACCGGAACUUGGGUCUUUGCAGGUGCAGAGAUCUUUGCCGACUUCCCCAACAUUCCCGCAGACCUCAACCUCGAAUUCAAGAGCCACCACAUCAUCCACUUCUGGGUCUUGUUUGUGGCCGCCAACGCGCUCUGGACCUUCCUCCCGAUGUACCUCAUCUAUCGCUCGUCCGCCGCGAUCGCCAAGCGUCUUCGCGAGGCCGAUAAGCUUGCGAAAGACAAGUAGAGCAAGAAAACCUCGGGCAACCAAUUGCUGCUGCGAACACUUGG